GUUGGUCACACUCUCGGAGAGUCUCUCGCUGGAGCGCGGAAACACCUCAGUCCCAGUCCCACCGAAGGACCAAAUCACCAACUAGCGUCUCGAUCGCACUCAAAACAACUAAUGAAGCUGGCGCAAUGGCGGUGAUCGCCACGAGGACGAAGCUCUCUGGAUUUCUCCGCGCUCUCGUCGACGUCGAAUCUCGGUCGCCAUUCCCGAGGCGCGGGCCUCCGACGACGAAUGGGCUCGCGUCUCGGUCGGGUUCGGUGCGGAGGUCCUCCAGUUCGGCCGCCGCUGCGGUCGCGCCGAAUGAGUCGGAGAUGGUCGGCUCGAGGAGUUUGGGGAUGGAGAUUUUCGGAGUGAAGGAGUACGAGGACUACCGGAGGUCCUUGUACGGCGGAAUCACUCACAAAGCUCUUUUGGUGGAUGCCGUCGGCACACUCGUCGUUCCUUCUCAGCCUAUGGCUCAGAUAUAUAGGCAGAUGAGGGAGAAGUAUGGGGUGGAGUACUCGGAGGAUGAGAUAUUGAACAGAUAUAGAAGGGCUUACGAGCAGCCUUGGGGUAGAUCUCGUCGCAGAUAUGUCAAUGAUGGCAGACCCUUCUGGCAAUAUAUUGUUAGUUCUUCCACUGGCUGCUCGGAUUCUCAGUACUUUGAGGAGCUUUACAAUUACUAUACGACUGAUAAGGCUUGGCACCUUUGCGAUCCUAAUGCUGAGAAAGUCUUUGAUGCUCUGCAAAAAGCCGGGGUAAAAUUGGCUGUUGUAUCAAAUUUUGACACUCGUCUAAGACCUGUUUUGCGGGCUUUGAAUUGUGAUCAUUGGUUUGAUGCUAUGGCUGUUUCAGCUGAAGUUGAAGCCGAAAAACCAAAUCCAACAAUAUUCCUGAAAGCAUGUGAGUUGUUGGGGGUAACUCCUGAAGAUGCAGUACAUGUGGGGGAUGAUCGUAGAAAUGAUAUAUGGGGUGCCAGAGAUGCUGGCUGUGAUGCUUGGCUCUGGGGAAGCGAUGUUCAUUCCUUUAAGGAGUUUAAGAUCUUCAAUUCUUCUACCUCAUCUAUGAGAUAUGCUUGCCAUGAACCCCUCUCUUCAAAUAACUUUUUAGGCAUUUGCAGAAAACAAUGUUGCUCAUAGGAUAGGCGUCCAGGUUUGAGGUUCUCUCAUCAAGCAACAUGGGAGCCGAGCUGUUUUCUCUUUUUUUCUUUUUUUACUUUCUUGUGUACAGUUCAUCUAUUUUGUAAAGGCCUGUAACUUCCACUCGGCUUUAUUCUACGGACAGAGUCAUGUAAGCGAGUCGAGACGAUGAAUGCGGAGGAAAAGAAAAGCUGAAAAUACCAGCUUGACCAGAUAGUUGUCGUCUAUGCAUCGUCCUAGCAUGUUUGUGGGGUUUUGGUUCAUUCCUGGUACGCUGCUUGGUGAAGGGACGGGAAAAUACUCUCUUCCACCUUUCUUUGGGCACGGAGAAAAAGCGUCACCAGUUUGGAUGUUCAUCUUAAGUUCUUAGCGCUCGUUUGUUCCGAGUACAUUUUUUUA